UCUUGGUCGAUCGUUGAGGAUCCUGAGGUGCCCAGGAUCUCCUGUGGGCCCCUGAGGCCAUCGGGGAACGAGAAAUUCCCGUGGAGCACGUGCUGGCAGGGCGAUGUCUUCUUUGACGUGCCUACUGCAGCGAGGCCCGGCACAAGCUGCACGCUCCAUGGGUGGAGCCGAACGGAAUAGGCACGCACGCUGGGCCACCGAGCGCCUUGAGGAUUACCGCGACCGCGGGGAAGGAAGAGGAGUCUGGUCAAGCACGCUCCAGUGCGCCGUGGCGGCCUGCGCCGGGUCUGGAGCCCUCCUGGGCGAGGUCGGGGGGAAGAUGCCAGUAACCAUCCAGCGCGGUAAGAGGGCGGGGCGCGGGAGGAGGCCGAAGGGCGCCCGCGCUCCAGGAAACACUCUGCCCGAGCCCGCGCAGUCCCCCGUUUGAGGGGCGCGCCGGGCGAGGGAGCUAGCUCCAAAAGGAGGGGGGGACGCGGGACAUAGGCUGGACAGUGGCGAGCCAGGGGAGGGAGCUCCAGGGAGGAGGAGGAGGAGGAGGAGGAGGAGGAGGAGGAGAAGCGAGGGGGGUCACGAAGGGCAGCAGGGAGGAGUCGAUACAACUCUGGCCGAUGGGCCCCUGCCAAGAGGGGCAGCGGGCUUCGGCUAAGAGAGGCACUGAAGUGAGAGGCGGACCCUUGCAGCACAUAGAGGCGAUCGGACACCUCGCUAGGACAAAUCCUGGGGCGCCUGACUCGUCAUUGCACCGGCCUUGCAGACGUGCUGCAGCGGAUUCCUGCGUGGAUUUCUGCGGGGGAAGUGCCAAGAGCGGAUUGGAAUCUGGGCUUCCAAGAAUACUUACCUACAACGACCGAUGGGUACACUGUCGCGAAAGCGGAGCGGCCUGCCCUGUCAGCUCCGCUUGACAGCCUCGGGCUGUCGCGCCAGCGAGUGCGAAUUCGACUCAAGGCCAUUGAAGGCCGCUGACAACACACUACAGGCCGCUAUACUAAACCGAGACGGCAUGUACUGGAAUGAGCUUCCAAAAAGACUCGCCCAGCACUUCGAGACGUGGCUCGCACGACAUCAGCUCGACCGAGGCGGCAUGUGCUGGAAUGAGCUUCCACAAGUAUUCACCCAGCACUUCGAGACGCGGCUCGCACGACAUCUGCUCGAGCUGUAGAGCUACGCCCAGACAGCGCGAGAUCGGCGGCGGGGCCCCGGUGCGGCCCUCACCGCGCUCCUGACAGAGGGUGCACGUGCCUCGGACCAGCUGCCCCUGGACGACCAGGCGGCGCACCCGCAGCCUGGCGCCCUGCAGGCUCGCCGCGCCGUCGGGGCACGCGCCGCCCUUCGG